GAUGUGAAUUACUAAAAAAGAAAAAUGGCCCAACGGAGCACUGUAUUUCCUUCUCUUGUCACCAAGGAAAGGUAUAAUAUACGGAAAAUAUGCAUCUAAGGCGAGUCAGGACCAUGCCCCGACACAGCCAGUCCCUGACCAUGGCACCCUACUCCGUCAGCCUAGUGGAGCAGCUGGAGGACAGGAUCCUCUGCCACGAGAAGACGACCGCCGCCCUCGUGGAGCACGCCUUCCGAAUUAAAGACGACAUCGUCAACAGUUUGCAGAAAAUGCAAAACAAAGGGGGCGGCGACCGCCUGGCCAGGCUUUUCUUGGAGGAGCACAUCAGAAACAUAACUGCCAUAGUGAAGCAGCUUAAUCGGGAUAUCGAGGUACUCCAGGAGCAGAUCCGCGCCCGGGACAACAUUAGCUAUGGAACUAACUCUGCCUUAAAGACUCUGGAGUUGCGUCAGCUGUCGGGUUUGGGGGAUCUCCGGGGGAGAGUGGCAAGAUGUGACGCCAGCAUAGCCAGACUCUCCGCAGAGCACAAAUCGACCUACGAGGGGCUUCAGCACCUGAACAAAGAACAGCAAGCUGCCAAACUUAUCCUGGAAACGAAAAUCAAGGACGCAGAGGGGCAGAUUUCUCAGCUUUUGAACAGAGUGGACUUGUCAAUAUCAGAGCAGAGCACCAAACUGAAGAUGUCCCACAGAGAUAGUAACCACCAGCUUCAGCUUUUGGACACUAAAUUUAAAGGUACGAUCGAGGAACUCAGUAACCAGAUUUUAUCUGCACGGAAUUGGUUGCAGCAGGAACAAGAACGGAUAGAAAAAGAACUUCUACAGAAAAUUGAUCAGCUCUCCUUGAUUGUUAAGGAAAACAGUGGAGCCAGUGAAAGGGACAUGGAGAAGAAGCUCAGCCAGAUGUCAGCCCGACUCGACAAAAUAGAAGAGAGUCAAAAGCAGCACAUGGAAGCACAGAGGAUAAAAGAAGGCGAGAGGGUGCUGGGGCGAAUCAGCAAGCUGGAGCUGCAGAUGAGCGAGGACAUGAAGGAGAUGAAAGCAGAAGUUGAUGCUGGGUUUACAGCCAUCUAUGAAAGCAUAGGAUCCCUCAGGCAAGUUCUCGAAGCCAAGAUGAAACUAGACAAGGACCAGCUACAGAAGCAAAUCCAACAGAUGCAGAAGCCAGAAGCUCCCAUGUGAGGGGAGUUGGGACAAAGACCUCAAAGGUGGUUUUGCCAGUGGGUCUGGGAGCUGGAUGCCUCUGUAGCCAGGUGGUCGUCGCAUUUGGGAUCGUUCUAUUCAUGGCGUGCAUGUGCCAAGAAAUGUGUGUUCAUGGGUCUAAAUGUUUACCUUGAGUCUUGAAAACACUCUAUCUUUAAAAAUAUUAAAUAUAAUUUUUACCACUUUA